CACGGGGGAGCUGUUUUCUUAAAAUGGCAGAGAUGGAUUUAAAAACAGUCGCGUCGACGAUGGAAGCUUUGGUUCGCAUCAGUUCUAACAUGAGGAGCCUGGAGCACGAGCUGCAUUGUCCUGUGUGUAAAGACAUCGUCAAGCAGCCCGUGGUCCUGCCAUGCCAGCACAGCGUCUGCCUCAUGUGUGCCUCCGAGGUCCUGGUGGCAAGUGGCUACCCGCUUCCCGAGCUUCCCCCAGAGCCCAACUCCCCGGCCUCCACACCCAACACCCGCUCGCCCCGCCAGGCUCGCCGGCCUGCGCCUAAAGCCGAACAGCGACCCAUUGACCGCGUGCUGCGAUCAGGUCCCCACCCACCGUCGCCAUCCAUGCCUCGGUCUCCGGGGUACGGGACGCCUGGAGGUCGUCGGCGCAAGGAGGGCCCAGCCCUGGUGAUGAUGUUCCCCUGUGGCCCCUGUGGCCGGGACGUGGAGCUGGGAGAGAAGGGUCUCACCGACUGUCUGCGCAACCUCACUUUGGAGCGUAUAGUUGAGAGAUACAGACACACAGUGAGCUUGGGCAGCGUGGCCGUGAUGUGCCAGUUCUGUAAACCUCCUCAGGCUCUGGAGGCCACGAAGGGCUGCGCCGACUGCAGGAGCAAUUUCUGCAACGAGUGUUUCAAGCUGUAUCACCCAUGGGGGACGCCACGGGCUCAGCACGAGCACAUCCAGCCCACACUCAACUUCAGACCAAAGGUUCUGACUUGUCCAGAGCACGACCAGGAGAAGCUGCACUUCUACUGUCGGACGUGUCAGCGGCUGCUCUGCCCUCUCUGCAAACUGCGCCGCGUCCACACCGGACACAAAGUGCUCCCCGUGGUCCAGGCUUACCAAGCCCUGAAGGAGAAGAUUACAAAAGAGAUGAACUACAUUCUGUCCAACCAGGACACAGUUCUGGCUCAGAUUACCCAGCUGGAGAGCGGCAUCACCCAGACCGAGGUAAACAGCGUGUCCGCCCGAGAGCAGCUGGCCCAGAGCAUCAGGGAUCUGACCGCCGCUCUGGCAGAGCGCCACGCUUCCCUCACCGGGGCUCUGGAGACGGCCCGGCAGAAACGCGGCGAGGCGCUGUCUGCUCAAGUGGCGGAGAGACGGGGGUUGAUGGAACACGCGGGGCUCAUGGCGUUCACCCAGGAGCUACUGAAAGAGUCGGACCAGCCCUGCUUUGUGCAGGCUGCUCGCCAGACUCAUAACAGGUUGAGUAAAGCUAUUGAGAAUCUCCAGCAUUUCAGCCUGGCUGCCGAUCCGUCAUUCAGACACUUCCAGCUGGACGUCUCCAAAGAACUCAAACUCCUGACGGAGCUGAACUUCAUCCAGGCCCCCUUGGCUCCAGUGAUUGACACCCAGCGCACCUUGGCCUACGACCAGCUCUUUCUCUGCUGGCGACUGCCCCAAGACUCCGCGCCGGCCUGGCACUUCUCCGUGGAGUAUCGGCGCCGGGGCGUGGUGCCGGGGGGGGCGUCCCGAGGCGGGAUCAGAGGAGGGUUGUCCGCCGCCCGCUGGGGCUGGCAGCGAAUGGACGAAGUGAACGGGACCAGCGCCGUGAUCGACCGGCUGGAGAUGGACAGCGUGUACGUGCUGCGCGUGAGAGGCUGCAACAAGGCGGGGUACGGGGAGUACAGCGAGGAGGUGUACCUGCACACCCCCCCUGCACCAGUGCUCAACUUCUAUCUGGAUUCCCGUUGGGGUCUCCAUGCUGACCGGCUGGUGGUCAGUAAAGAGCAGCGCGGGGCUCGUAGCGUCCCCGGCCUCUCUCUGCUGCAGGCCGCUGACCAAGCCCUCACUUCCUGUCACCUGACUUCGGACCUCCUGGUCGGGGAUGUGGCGAUCACACAGGGGCGUCACUACUGGGCGUGCUCAGUGGAGCCAGGCUCUUAUUUGGUGAAGGUGGGAGUUGGUUUGGAAUCCAAACUGCAGGAGUGGUUUCACCUCCCUCAAGACAUGGCCAGUCCACGCUACGACCCGGACAGUGGCCAUGACAGCGGAGCAGAGGACGCCUUGGACUCCGCCCCCCCCUUCUGCUUCCUCACCAUGGGGAUGGGUAAGAUCUACCUGCCCCAGCAGAGCUACCACCACCACCACAACAACCACGGCAAUGGUGUCCGAGACCCCAUCACCAACAACAACAACCCCUCUUCACCCACGGGCCUCACCUACCCGCUGCCCCCCCGGCUGGGUGUGUGCCUUGACUUUGAGAAGGGUCGCGUCACCUUCUAUGACGCCCACUCCCUGCGCCCCCUGUGGGAGGGGCACGUGGACUGCUCCGGCCCGGUGUGUCCGGCGUUCUGUUUCAUUGGCGGAGGGGCCCUGCAGCUGCAGGAGCUGGUGGCCAAUCGCAACGCAGAUCAGACGCCGGUCAGAAGGGUGACCAUCCAACCCCGCGUCCCCACCUUAAACAACAAUUGAUGCCUGAUCUGAGGUCAUAUAUGGUUAUUUGGAAUGUAAUUGGUAAUUGUGAAGUAUUUACUCAGCUAGAGCGGAAGGUUAGACAUCUCAGCGAUUUUCUUUGGUAUUUAAUUUUCUUUUUACGAGAAAAUGUUUCUAUAGCAACAAAUAUGCAAUGUAAUUAAGUUUCUUACAUUUUUGUUAUGAGCGGUUUUGCAAGAUGUAUCGCUUAAGUGGUGUUGGAAUAUCCAGCACUUGAUAUGUAAUUAUAUCUUUGAUGCUUGCACUUAGCGGCUAUGUUGAGUCGGUUUAUAAAGCUAAUGUAGAAACAGCACCUCACUAUCAGUUAUCUUUACUAUAGAAGCUUUUACUCUUGUCACUUCAUGUCCUUAAUGCUUAAAGCUUCACAUAUGUUCGAUUUAUAUAUAUAUAUGAUUCAAUUGUGAGUAUAAAAAAGGUCCUGAAUAUUUUAUUGCAGCCGUGACUUGACUUUCACAGUCGUGAAACCAAAGUGGUAUUGUCUUCAUGAGAUGUAAAUGUGGUAAAUUAGAGGUAGAGAGGAACAAUGAGGCAAUACUGUAAUUAGAAGCAAUUAUACCUCUGCUGCAUAUAAUCACUAGUUUCCACAGUCCUGUUUGUGCAUCGCUAUUUUGUUUUUCAAAUUAAUUAGUGCCUGUGUGUGCGUGUGUGUGUAUGCGCGUGUGUGUGUGUGGUUGGACUGGUUCAUUGUCUGACAGCAACAAGUUUUUUCCUUUGAUUCUUUUUAAACUUGCUUGAUUUUAAGUUAAUGAGCAGUGCUUCUUUUGGUCAGCAGUAUAAAACCAUGUAAACUUCACCUGCUGGCAGAAUGUUUGCAAAAGAAAAAAAGAGAUCAAGGAAUUAAACACUGAA